GUUGCAGCUUUCUCUCCAUCUCUCGAUCUCCUGCCCAGAAUGCAGAGCAAUGACAGUACAGAAGUGCCUGAUGUUGAGAACCAGACGCCCGGCCCCUUUGAUGGACCACAGUGGCCUCACCUGGCCCCCCGCAGUACCUUCCUAUCCGUGGCAGUGCUAAUGGGAACUGUGGUAGUGGCUGCAAGUUUUGUUAAUGGGCUGGUUCUUGUGGUUUCUCUGCGUUACAAGAAAUUGCGCUCCCCGCUUAAUUACAUCCUGGUCAACUUGGCGGUUGCUGACCUCAUGGUGACCUUCUUCGGCAGCACCGUUAGCUUUUCCAACAACGUCAAUGGCUACUUCAUAAUGGGCAAAGCUGUGUGCAAGUUUGAGGGCUUCAUGGUCUCCUUGACAGGUAUCGUAGGUCUCUGGUCUCUUGCCAUCCUGGCCUUUGAGCGCUACAUUGUUAUCUGCAAGCCAAUGGGAGAUUUCCGCUUCCAGCAAAAGCAUGCUGUGAUUGGCUGCUCGUUCACAUGGGUGUGGUCUCUGAUCUGGACGACUCCUCCUCUCUUUGGCUGGAGCAGCUACGUUCCUGAAGGGUUGAGGACCUCCUGUGGUCCUAACUGGUACACCGGCGGUUCCAACAAUAACUCAUACGUGCUGAUGCUGUUUGUCACCUGCUUCGUGAUGCCUCUUAGCAUGAUCAUUUUCUCUUACGGCAACCUGCUUGUCACGUUGCGAGCUGUGGCAGCGCAGCAGAAAGAAUCCGAGACCACUCAGCGUGCCGAACGGGAGGUGACGCGCAUGGUGAUCGCCAUGGUGAUGGCCUUCCUGAUCUGCUGGUUGCCCUAUACCACCUUCGCAUUGGUGGUAGCCAUCAACAAGGACAUUGUGAUACAGCCCACCCUUGCCUCAAUGCCCUCCUACUUCUCCAAGACCGCCACUGUCUACAAUCCCAUCAUCUACGUCUUCAUGAACAAGCAGUUCCGUAACUGCAUGCUGACGAUGAUGUGUUGUGGCAGGAACCCGUUCUCCACUGAAGACGAGAGCUCUGCAUCGGGCUCCAGCACAGCUGGCCGCACGGAGAUUAGUUCAGUAUCUGCAGGAGGGAGUAGCAAGGUCACCCCUGCCUAACACCUCCUGCACCCGCUUUCACCCCUGCUAGUCUUAGCAUAGUUCAGUAUCUGCAGGAGGGAGCAGCAAAGUCACCCCUGCCUAACACCUCCUGCACAGCCUGCACCCGCUUUCACCCCUGCUAGUCUCAGCAUAGUUCAGUAUCUGCAGGAGGGAGUAGUAAGGUCACCCCAGCCUAACACCUCCUGCACCCGCUUUCACCCCUGCUAGUCUCAGCAACGGCCACCACUGGUUUCCGCUGGUCAGAGCUGGUAGUUGUACUGUACAGGUUUUCAGUUGGUCAUGCUGGUUAAAGAGACUGUAAUGCUUGUUCAAGAAAAAAUGUUGUAAGAAACAUCCCAUUACCAUUCUACAGUGUAUGUUCUGGGUUAUAAUUUUUCUUUAAAGUGAGCCAAAAAAUGAAUUCCAUAAACCUGUUUUGUACUGUCAUUACAUAGGUCUCAAAUGUGCAGAAACACAUGUUCAUUUUAAAACAUGAUAUUUGGUACUACCACAGGUUAAAGGAAGUUCUCAGUUUCUAUGCCUUAUUCUCAAGAUAUUACUAUUAUUAUUUGGCUAUUUAGCAGACGCUUUUAUCCAAAGCGACUUACAGAGACUAGAGGGUGAACAAUGCAUCACAGCUGCUGCUGCAGAGUCACUUACAAUAGGACCUCGGUUUUACGUCUCACCUGGAGGACAGAUAUCUGGAUCAUUUCAUCUCAGCAGUAACUUCUGGGUCAUGUUACUGACUGAAAGCAUGUCAAUAGUAAAAGCAUUUGAUUGGUUAAUGACAGGAAAAAAGCUACAGAAAUGACCAGGCAAAAUUUUCUUUAGCCAAGUAUAAAACUGUAUAUCACGUUAAUAUAAUGUGUUCUAUUGUACGUUAAGGUGCGUUGACUUCAGGAGCUGCUCUUCAGUUCUAGUUGCCUGACAUAGAUUGAAUAACCUAGGCUUAUAAGUAUUUUCAUAUUAUUAAGCAUCAGCACUGUCUAGUGCACAGUAGUGAAUUGGCAGCAAAUCAAAAGGAAACUUCAUUCAGUAAGUAGAGAUGGCUAAUACUUCUAUAAAAUUGUACUGCCUUACUUUGGGGUCAUUUCAUUAGUUCAGUGUCUUUGGGGUCAUGUCGCUGGCUGUGAAACAGUCGAUAGGGGAAGCAGCUGGUUGGUUUAUCAAAGCGUUGAAUGGGUGGGGUUAAUGUCACUCUCCAGGUGACCAAGGAAGUGCAAGACUACCUGCAAAAAAAGGUUUGCAAACACUGUAACCUUGCAUAGUACCUGAUAUCAUGUGUGCUGGAGUGUGUUUCUAUCAAAACAUGUGUUGGAGAACAUGAAUUAACCAUUAAAUAAGUGUUGUGUAGCAGAUUGUUAAGCGUGCAGACUGGCAGAGCUAAAGCGAUUAACACUGGAGAUAGCAUACUGCUAGUUCCAAAAUUGCACACACUGCUGACAACUGAUAAGGGCUAGAGUCACAGACUCUGGGCCUGCAGCUUACUUGCCUGGCAUUUAUUGCAAGCAGGCAAUAAUUGACUGCAACUUGCAUAUUCUUGAGAAAAACAGGAAGAGCCAAAUCCACACGUUUGGGCGUCAAGCUAAUGUCAAGCUCUUACAAACGACAGAUGAUGGCUGAGGAAACUGAAACACCCAAGAUAACAUGACAAUAGCGAGCUAACAUCCUAAGAACAAGAAGUUGGAAAACAGUAAUUUUAUGCUGACAAGCAAUUUUCAAGGCUACCUCAGCACAUGACAGUAGUCACAUCUUUUGCACACAACACAAAAACAUUACACACACAGUACUAAGAGGUGUAUCCACAGACCGUUGCCCCUGUCCUAUUGGUUAAGUGUCAGGAACAGGGGAGUGGAAACACUCUGUGCAACAGGGUAUUUAAUGUCCUGUAAACUGUAAAAACUUUGAAUCUGCUUGUUCUGUUAUGGAAACUUGAUUCCCCGCAUAUGAA